GUGUGGUGUCCAGAACAGAUCCAGCCCUGUGGGCCAUACGAGACCAGACCUGGAGAGCAGGCCCAGGCCGCCACCAGAGACCACCACCAUGUCUUACCAGCCUGCGCCUGCUCCUUAACACCCUGUCCCCCCAGCCCCUCUCACCAUCCCCCUCUCUCCCUGUGGAUGCCCCCCUGCCUGGUGGAGGAGGAGCCUCCUCUGGUGGGGAGAUGAGCCUGCAGCAGCUGAGGGGGGAUCGGGGGGGUUCUGGGUCUGAGAGGGACCUUCACUCAGCAGCCUCCUCCAUCAGCCUGCCCUCUGUCAGGAAGGCCCCCAAGAAGAGACGCCUCUCCCUGCGCUCGCUGUUCAGCCGGCGCCACCGUGGGGAUCGAGACCCCAAGAGGAAAUCACAGGACUUACAGGGUGGCGGUGUGGACGGGAUCGCCAGCGUGGAGAGCAUCCAUUCAGAGAUGUGUCAUGGAGACAAGACCUCGACACUCUCCGCCCCCGUUGUGGCCUCUUCCUCCUCUGAGUUCCUGGAGUGUCCUCUCUGUCUCCUCCGCCACGCCAGAGACCGUUUCCCGGACAUCAUGACCUGCCACCACCGCUCCUGUGCUGAUUGCCUGCGCCAGUACUUACGUAUAGAGAUCAGUGAGUCGCGCGUCAACAUCAGCUGUCCAGAGUGCUCUGAGCGGUUCAACCCCCACGACAUCCGCAUCAUCCUGGGAGACCAGCCCCUCAUGGAGAAGUACGAGGAGUUCAUGUUGAGACGAUGGCUGGUGGCCGACCCGGACUGCCGCUGGUGCCCCGCCCCUGACUGCGGGUAUGCAGUCAUUGCCUUUGGGUGUGCCAGCUGUCCUAAGAUCACGUGUGGACGUGAGGGGUGUGGCACGGAGUUCUGUUACCACUGUAAACAGCUGUGGCACCCCAACCAGACGUGUGAUGCCGCCCGGCAGCAGAGAGCCCAGAGCCUGAGGCUACGCACCUUCCGUUCCUCAUCUCUCAACUACAGCCAGGAGAGUGGUGCUGCAGCUGAUGACAUCAAGCCGUGUCCACGCUGCGCUGCUUACAUCAUCAAGAUGAACGACGGCAGCUGUAACCACAUGACCUGCGCCGUGUGCGGCUGUGAGUUCUGCUGGCUCUGCAUGAAGGAGAUCUCUGACCUGCACUACCUGAGCCCGUCAGGAUGUACCUUCUGGGGUAAGAAGCCAUGGAGCAGGAAGAAGAAGAUUCUGUGGCAGCUGGGCACGCUGGUGGGCGCACCGGUGGGCAUCGCUCUGAUCGCUGGCAUUGCCAUCCCUGCCAUGAUCAUAGGCAUCCCUGUCUACGUGGGGAGGAAGAUUCACAAUCGCUAUGAAGGAAAGGACAUCUCCAAACAUAAGAGGAACUUGGUGAUAGCGGGUGGCGUGACCUUAUCUGUCAUUGUCUCCCCCGUGGUGGCAGCAGUUACUGUUGGUAUCGGUGUGCCCAUCAUGCUGGCAUACGUCUACGGGGUGGUGCCCAUCUCUCUGUGUCGCAGCGGUGGGUGUGGCGUCUCCGCCGGUAACGGGAAAGGGGUCCGCAUCGAUUUUGAUGACGAAAAUGAGAUGAACGUCGGAAGUGCAGCGGCUGCAACUGACGCCACAUCUGUGGCAGAGACCAGACACAACCCCAGCAUCGGAGAGGGCAGUGUGGGGGGCAUGACAGGCAGUCUGAGUGCCAGCGGGAGCCACAUGGACCGGAUGGGCGCCAUGAGGGACAACCUGAGUGAGAAUGCCUCCACCAUGGCUCUGGCUGGGGCCAGCAUCACCGGAUCUCUGUCUGGCAGCGCCAUGGUCAACUGUUAUAACAGGUUGGAGGUCCAGGCUGACGUUCAGAAGGAGCAGGGUAGUCUGAGUGGGGAGUCGGCCAAUGUCAGCUUGGGGACCAUCAGUGACAACACUAGCACCAAAGCAAUGGCUGGAUCCAUUCUCAACUACAUGCCUCUGGACAGAGAGGGUAAUCUGGAGGUGGACAUGGAGGGGAAGCAGGAGAAGAAACUACAUCACCAUAGCAACAGCAGCAGCCUGGACGACGCCAGCGGUGAGGGGAGAGGGGUUGGAGUGUGUCCCUCCGGCUGCCCCCAUGAGUCUCGCUCCUCCAAAUGGGUGAAGGACCCCUCUUCCUCGGGGGGCAAGAAGAGCAAGGGCAAGCUGAGGACUAAGAAGACCAGCGGAGGAACUAAGAUCCAGGAGACCCGUGAGGACAUGGAUGCUCAGCUCCUAGAGCAGCGCAGCACAAACUCCUCAGAGUUCGACUCCCUCAGUGGCUCCCUGCCCUCCGUAGCAGACUCCCACUGCAGCCACUUAUCAGAGUUCAGCUGCUCUGAUCCGGAGACCUCCAGACCUCCUCCUCUCACCCCCUGCUGCAUUGACCUCCACCCCCAGCGCCCCCUCACCUCCCUGGGAACAGACCUGGUCACCGCCCUGCCGGAGGUGGAGAACGACCAUCUAGAGAACUGUCCCGCUGCAUCCUCCUCCUCCUCACCUUCCUCUGCGGCCCCCGUCUACACAGAAGGAGGUAUGCUCCUCUACAUCGCCGAGGAGAGCUUAGGGCUGAUGAGGACGACGCAGGAGGAGCUGAACUCCCUCGCGGUGGAGGAGGUCCUGAAGGAGACCAAUAACAACAUGUUGGACGGAGGUGUCGUAUCCCAGCAGCCUUCCAGCCCUGUGAGGAGUGGCUGCAUUCAGACUGAGAUAUAAACUCUCCUGGCUGGCUGACUGGCUGACUGGCUGGCUGACUGGCUGGCUGACUGGCUGACUGGCUGGCUGGCUGACUGGCUGGCUGGCUGGCUGACUGACUGGCUGGCUGACUGACUCCAGGGGUACUACUACAGACUGACCUAAUGUUUAUGCCAGCUUUUUUCACAGCUAGCCUGAAAUCCACUUCUGUCACUGAGUGGGCAAGCUCGUUUUACGGAAGAGUAGAGAGAAAGACAGGACAGCAGAGGAGGAGAUGUGUUUUAUCCAUGUCUGCUAAUAUGGAAGAUAAAAUCAUGUGAUGGUUGAGGGUAGACUGGGUGGUGAUACAGGUGGAGGAAUAAGGUAGACUGGGUGGUGAUACAGGUGGAGGGAUAGGGUAGACUGGAAUAAGGUAGACUGGGUGGUGAUACAGGUGGAGGGAUAAGGUAGACUGGAAUAAGGUAGACUGGGUGGUGGUACAGGUGGAGGGAUAAGGUAGACUGGGUGGUGGUACAUGUAGAGGGGGUGGUGAUACAGGUAGACUGGGUGGUGGUACAGGUGGAGGGAUAAGGUAGACUGGGUGGUGGUACAUGUAGAGGUAUAAGGUAGACUGGAAUAAGGUAGACUGGGUGGUGAUACAGGUGGAGGGAUAAGGUAGACUGGGUGGUGAUACAGGUGGAGGGAUAAGGUAGACUGGGUGGUGGUACAUGUAGAGGUAUAAGGUAGACUGGGUGGUGAUACAGGUGGAGGGAUAAGGUAGACUGGGUGGUGAUACAGGUGGAGGGAUAAGGUAGACUGGGUGGUGAUACAGGUGGAGGGAUAAGGUAGACUGGGUGGUGAUACAGGUGGAGGGAUAAGGUAGACUGGGUGGUGAUACAGGUGGAGGGAUAAGGUAGACUGGAAUAAGGUAGACUGGGUGGUGAUACAGGUGGAGGGAUAAGGUAGACUGGGUGGUGAUACAGGUGGAGGGAUAAGGUAGGCUGGGUGGUGAUACAUGUAGAGGUAUAAGGUAGACUGGAAUAAGGUAGACUGGGUGGUGAUACAGGUGGAGGGAUAAGGUAGACUGGGUGGUGAUACAUGUGGAGGGAUAAGGUAGACUGGGUGGUGGUACAUGUAGAGGUAUAAGGUAGACUGGAAUAAGGUAGACUGGGUGGUGGUACAGGUGGAGGGAUAAGGUAGACUGGGUGGUGGUACAUGUAGAGGGGGUGGUGAUACAGGUAGACUGGGUGGUGGUACAGGUGGAGGGAUAAGGUAGACUGGGUGGUGGUACAGGUAGACUGGGUGGUGGUACAGGUGGAGGGAUAAGGUAGACUGGGUGGUGGUACAGGUAGACUGGGUGGUGGUACAGGUGGAGGGAUAAGGUAGACUGGGUGGUGAUACAGGGAGACUGGGUGGUGAUACAGGUGGAGGGAUAAGGUAGACUGGGUGGUGGUACAGGUGGAGGGAUAAGGUAGACUGGUGGUGAUACAGGUGGAGGGAUAAGGUAGACAGGCUAUAGGGAGGGAGAAAGCUCUCCUACUGGUUUAAGGGUUUUAUUCAUAUAGAAGAGACGUUGGCAGUCUGGAUGGGAAGUCUUGAUUAAAUCUCAUGUCCGGAGUGUUUUUGGUCGGUGGUAACAUUUAGAUGGACCAAGGCCCAUGGAAAGUUCCAGUUAAAUGUAUGAGGACAGAGGACGAGGUGUAUGGCCGGUGUAUCAGUGGGGUGAUGAUAGAGCAGUGUUCUAUACUAGCCUUCACAUGGGGGACAGAUUCUCCAGAAGGCCACACGACUGUCCAUCCAGGAAGCUCCUAUGGAUCCGACUCAAAACGAACCCCGUACAGGUGGCAUCGUAUUCACCAUGUACUGCGUUACUAGAUGAGUAGGGUUCCAGUUGAGACACAGACUUCUGUCUGUGGUGAACAGCCAGCCAGCCAGCCAGUCGCAUCGCACCGCAGCGUAAAGGAUUGUCAAGCUUCAGUUAUAAUAUAAACCGGUCAAAGAAAAGGUCAAACUGACCUAAGAGGGACCAGUCAAUAAGUCAUUUUUAUUUUUUCCAUGAUUCUAUAAAAAAAAUGAUUAUUACUUUUAAGAUGUUGAUGAAUAUUGUUUUGUAGUUUUAGUAUUUUCCAUGUUGAGCCCUGUGAGGUCAGAUCCUGUGUUAGGGGAGGCCAGGGGGGGUUGGGGUGAGCAGAGAGAAGGAAGAGUCAACUAAUUUAACCCUUUGUCUUCUUAAACAACACAGAUUUUAACUGUCAGGAUUGGAUUUAUAAUAUAAGUAAAUAUUCCAGAAAGAAUCGGGCCUCAGAGCUAAGCUGGCCCAUCAUCAGUAGGAGGACAACAGCAGUCGUUUGGUAUAAAGGGAGCGAUAAGAGGUUGACUCUCUCUUCAUUCUGUUAUAGAUCUACAUCACUUCUAAUUAAAAGGCUAUGCUGAUUUAA